AUGACAAUUUUGGAAGGGAUAAGACGAUACGAACAAAUGCCUUUACGCUGCACAGGAAUUUUCAAAUUGAGUGACGAGAUUAUUGGAUUUCGCAGGAGGGACCAGAUCCGCGUAGGGUAUCGAUCAGAAGCAAUCGUUGAGGGGGGGUUGAUCACUCAUAUUCCAUUUGCAAUCAUAGACGAGAGCGGUGAAAAGAUGUUAAAGUUGUCGCAGUACUACAAGCUUGAUGGCGAGAUUGUCAUGGACAAUUUCACAGCGCAGCAGAGAUUGUUUCUGCACCGCGACUCAGUGGUUGCGAUCAACGAACAGCGUCUUGAACCCGUUGACCGUAUUGGGGUGAUCACCUUUAUCGGCAAAGGAACGGUGAUUUCGACCAAAGAAGUAAAAGCGACGAGUGGGGAAGAGGGUUUCAGCGUAGCACGUCUUCAGCACCGCCAGUGGGAUAUGACGGCGUUGACAUGGGUGGAUUUCACAGCGGAAUACGUAUACGAUCUAGAGGCGUUGGGCGAGGACAAAGCGGCGCUGAUUGCUAAGGACAAUGUGGUGCAGUUGACCGGACAGGGAAGCAGUUGGUCGGAUUGGCACGGAGGCUGGAUCAUCAUGGUUACCAAUGUUUCGUUAGUUCGGAGCGGUGUUGUACGAGGAGCGUGUAUAGCAUAA